AAGGCGGAGGGUGGACGGAGAGGGCCGGGGAAGGGUUAAGGGAGAGAGAGGAGCGGGGCUGUCCCGGCAGAGAGGCGGGUGGCGAGCGGGGUUAUCCCGGAAAGAGCCCGCCGUGCGCGGGGCGAUUGGGGCUGUCCCGGGAGGUACCACUGCGGCGGGGGGGCCGCGCUGGGAGAGCCCACUGCGGGCGGGGGGGGCCGUUCCGGUACGCGGAGCGCGGCGGAGCUGCGGCGGUGCCGGGAUAGCGGGAUCGCCGCGACCUGCGGGAGCGCCGGGAUAAGCGGGACCCGCGGCCCGGGCCCAUGCCGAGCGGCAGCUGACGGCGGCGGGCACGCGGAAAUGGAGCGGCGGCCGGGCCGGGCCGUGCGGGCGCUGUGCGGCCUCUCCCUCGUCCUGCUGCUGCUGCCGCCGCAUCCCGGGAGCGCCGAGCGGGCCCCCGGAUCGCACCUGGACGACACGGCCAUCGCAGAGUUCUGCCGCAUUGACCAGCCGCUGUGCCACGACGAGGACGAGCAGCUGAGCUUCGAGGCCGUGAGAAACAUCCACAAGCAGAUGGACGACGACGCCAACGGCAACGUGGACGUGGAGGAGAGCGACGAGUUCUUGAGGGAGGACUUGAAUUACCACGACCCAGCAGUCAAGCACAGCACCUUCCAUGGAGAGGACAAGCUCAUCAGUGUGGAAGAUCUUUGGAAGGCCUGGAAAACAUCUGAAGUGUAUAACUGGACAGUGGACGAGGUGGUUCAGUGGCUCAUCACCUACGUGGAGCUGCCCCAGUACGAGGAGACCUUCCGAAAGCUGCAGCUGAGUGGCCACGCCAUGCCCAGGCUGGCAGUGAACAAUGCCACCAUGAUGGGCACUGUGCUCAAGAUGACCGACCGCAGCCACCGGCAGAAGCUGCAGCUCAAGGCCCUGGACACGGUGCUCUUCGGGCCCCCUCUCCUGACCCGACACAACCACCUGAAGGAUUUCAUGCUGGUGGUGUCCAUCGUCAUCGGGGUGGGCGGCUGCUGGUUCGCCUACAUCCAGAACCGCUACUCCAAGGAGCACAUGAAGAAGAUGAUGAAGGACCUGGAGGGUCUCCACAGAGCUGAGCAGUCUCUCCACGACCUUCAGGAGCGGCUGCAGAAGGCGCAGGAGGAGCAUCGCUCCGUGGAGGUGGAGAAGGUGCACCUGGAGAAGAAGCUGCAGGACGAGAUCAGCAUGGCCAAGCAGGAGGCCCACCGGCUGCGGGAGCUGCGCGAGGGCACCGAGAACGAGCUCAGCCGCCAGAAAUACGCGGAGCAGGAGCUGGAGCAGGUCCGGAUGGCGCUGAAGAACGCGGAGAAGGAGCUGGAGUCCCACUGCAGCUGGGCUGCCCCCGAGGCUCUGCAGAAGUGGCUCCAGCUGACCCACGAGGUGGAGGUCCAGUACUACAACAUCAAGAAGCAGAACGCGGAGAAGCAGCUGCUGGUGGCCAAGGAAGGGGCUGAGAAGAUCAAGAAGAAGCGGAACACACUGUUUGGGACGUUCCACGUCGCUCACAGCUCCUCCCUGGACGAUGUGGAUCACAAGAUCUUAACUGCAAAGCAGGCCCUGAGCGAGGUGACGGCGGCGCUGCGGGAGCGGCUGCACCGCUGGCAGCAGAUCGAGCUGCUCUGCGGCUUCCAGAUCGUCAACAACCCGGGGCUGCACAGCCUGGCCUCGGCCCUCAACAUCGACCCCGGCUGGGUGGGCACCCCCCGGCCCAACCCCUCCCACUUCAUCAUGACCGACGACGUGGACGACCUGGACGAGGAGAUCGUGUCCCCCAUGUCCAUCCAAUCUCCUGCCCUGCCCAGCACGGUCCGGCAGCGCCUGGUGGACGCCCAGCACGGCCACGGAUCGCAGAGGUUGGUAGAGGGUUCCGUGCCCGGGCAGCCCGAGCCGGGCCCCGCGGCGCCGUUCCGGGCGGGCCGAGUGUCCCUGCGCCGAAUGCAGAGCCUCUCCUCCGGACAGUCCUUCAGCUGCGACCUGCCCGGCGCCGGCCCAUCGCCUGCCUCCACCUCCUCCACCUCCUGCUCCUCAUCCACCACCACCGCUGCUCCUGCUUGCCAUGUCCACCCUGUCUAUUACCAUCACACCACCUCUUAUUUCCUCCAGAUGGACUCCACCCCCGACCUGCCCCCUCCUGAUGUCACCUCUGGAGUUCGCUGUCGCACUGGGAGCUUUGGAGACUUGACUCGCUCCGACUCCGACUCCUCCAUCCCGCACCUGAGCGACCACCAGCGUAUUCCCAGCUCGGCUCCCAAGCUCCUGGCUGCCCGGCCCACGCUGCUGACCCGCUCCGUGGAGGAGGCUGUCCCCGGCCACCCGGGCCCCGCCGCGCCCACCCCCAACGGCGGCAGCCGGCACGCGGAGCCCCCCGGGCCGGGGCCUUUGCCGGAGCGGCUGCCCGAGAGCCCCAUGGCGAUGAAGAAGAUGAUGAUGGUGAACCACGGCAUGGAGAAGUCCUCCAGCCUGGGGGAGAUCAGCCACCCGACGGCCGGCAAGCCCAGCCACUCGGAUUCGUCGCGGUCGCACAGCCCCAGCUCCCCCGACCCCGACACCCCCUCCCCCAUCUCUGACUGCCGGCCCCCCGGCGCCAAGAGCACCCGCAUCCCGCAGCUGGCCGCCAAGAAGAGCCCGGGGGACGAGGACAGCAGCCUCACGGGCGACGAGGUUGACCCCGGCCAGAGCAAGAAAAAGUUCCCCCUAAAGAUCUUCAAGAAGCCCAAGAAGUAGCGGGGGGGGGGGGAGCCCCCAGGAGCGCGUCCCGCCGGGCCCGGGGCCGGAUCGCACCGGGAACGCAGCGCGGCCCCGGCACCCGCCGCCCUCCCUCCGCACCCGAGUCCGGCACGGGGGGAGCUAUUUAAACUUAUUUAUUUCCCGACCUCCGAGAAGAAAAGCCGCGCCGCCGCCGGCUCCCCCGGGAGAACAGCCCCCCUCCCUGCCCGCCCUCCGACCGCUGCGCUCCCGGCUUUGCUGUGCAUGGCUUCCAGUUACUCCUGCUCCGCUCAGCCACGCGGCCUUUGGGUUUGGUUUCAAUGUGGUUUUGUUUUUUUAUUUUAUUUUUUAUCGUCGUUACUCUUGAUUUUUUUUUUUCCUGCCUCCUCCGACUUUUGCACAGUCCGGCCGGAGGGGGGGCGGCCGCUCCCGCGCUGCCCCUCGGGCUGACUCAGCUCGCGGCGGUUCUCCCUCCUUUCCCCGAGUCACUUUUCCACCGCGGCCUCCGUGGCUUCGCCGUCGGGAGGGGGGACCCCUCCUGAGCAGCUCCGCGUAAGCAGGAGCAGGGGAGGACUCUGCCCCUGCCGGUACUCGCGUGUCCCCGGUCCCCGCGUGUCCCCGGUCCCCACGUCCCCCCGUGCCGGGGCGGCCCCGCUGGGUCUCGGGGAGGGGGCUCGGGGCUGUCCCCGCACUGCUCUGCCCGGCCGGGGGGGCUGGAGCCCGGGGGAAGGAGCCCACGCCUGGCCUUGGCCUCACUUCCCCGGGCACCCUCCCCAGUGCCCAGGACUCCUCCAGACCCUGCCGGGGUGGAACACGGAGGGCAGGGCGGUCCCGAGGGGCUUUGGAGCAGAGCCAGGUCCAGCCAUCAUGUCCACACAAAGAGGAGGGAGCUCCCGGGAGCAGGGCCCGUCCCCUGUCCCUGUGUGCCCUGUCCCGGCCUGGCAGGGCCGGGAGGAGGGAGCAGGACACAGCAGGGCUCUGCAGGGCAGGGGACAGAGGCUGGGCUGGCAGGCCCCUGACAACACCCUCUGCUCUCCUGGCUCCGUCCCUAGAGCAGCCCAGGGGCUCUGUGCCCUCCCCGAGGGAUGCAGUGGGUGCAGGAGGCUCGUGUGGCAGCGUCCCCCGUGCCCAGGGGCCACCUCCUGGUGCCAGCACAGCUGGCCAUGGGGCUCAGCCUGUCCCCAGGCACUCCCCGGGGCUCGGGGGCUCUCCCAUCCUCCCCUGGCACCUCGUGGGUCACAUCCCGCUGCUCAGAGCCCUCAGCCCAGUGGGUGUCCCCCAGCACAGCCCCGACCACUGAGGGGGUCACCAUUUGGGACAGCAGCCGUGGGCUGACCCUCCCUCCACCCCUGGGCAGAACCUGUCCCUUGGGAUGAGCCCUGCUCCAUCCCUGGGUUGACCCUCCCUCCAUCCCUGGGCAGAGCCUGUCCCUUGGGAUGAGCCCUGCUCCAUCCCUGAGCUGACCCUCGCUCUGUCCCUGGGGAUGGGCACCUCUCCAUCCCGAGGGAUGAGCCCUGCUCCAUCCCUGAGCCUCGCCUCGCUCCAUCCUCAGGGAUGAGCUCCAUCCCCCAGCCCUGCUCCCAGCUCCCUCCAGGCUCAGCACUGGAGCUGCCAGAGGAGCCCCCCACCCCCCUCGAGGCGGCUCCCUGGCACCACAGCACCCCCCAAAGCCUGGGGUCCCUGUUCCCACCCCCCUCUAUCCCCAGCCCCUUGGGCCACCAUCCCACCCACUCCUGGAGGUGGGGAGGGGGCUUCUCCUGCCGAGGCAGAGGAGGAUGCACGAUGGGGGGAGGAAGAGGAGGGUGGGAUGCCGGGAGCCCCCGGGGCCUUGCUUUAUGCCAGAGUAAUAUAUUCAUGUCCUGACAACACAGGAAGGGCUAUAAAGGUGUUUUUUGUUCCGUAGGUGGGAGUUAGACAAUUCCACUGUUGCUUUGAGACAAGUGAAAAAUUCCUCUCAGUGACUAAGUGCCUGCAAUUCCCUGGGGAUGGGGGGACGUGCUCGGCCCCGUGGCCGGGGCUGCUGCCCGGGCACCCCAAUUCCUGGGCACCCCAAUUCCUGGGCACCCUGAUUCCUGGGCACCCUGAUUCCUGGGCACCCUGAUUCCUGGGCACCCCAAUUCCUGGGCACCCCGAUUCCUGGGCACCCCAAUUCCUGGGCACCCCAGUGUCAUGGGCAGGGUGCCCUGGGAACGCCAGCGGGGUUGGGGUCCUGUGGGUGCCCCCCAUGCAGGGGCUGCCCGGGCUGGAGCUGCUUGUGGUGGCGGAGACCUGUGGAUGCUUCUGGAGAAGGGGUUGGGGAUCCCCCCACUGUCGACGCAUCUGCCAACUCUUGAUUUGAUUUUUUUUUUUUGUCAUUUCAUAAAACUUUUCAAUCCAAUAAAAGCAUGUAGUCUAUUUUA